AUGUUGUCGAAACGAGCGCUUCGGUUGAACUUUACAUUUGUAGAAACUGCCAAAUAUUCCACAGCGACUAACCGAGAAAAUUACUAUAAAAAUUUGAUUGCCUCGCACAAUGACGAUACGAAUCCAGUGGGAUGGGAGAACGCGAAACCGUUCGAGAGUAUGCCUGGACCAAAACCUUUGCCUGUGCUCGGAAAUAUGUGGAGGUUUUUUCCCGGAGCCGAACUUUAUAACAUAAACACGGCCAAGAUGUUAUUAAUGUUUCAAGAACGAUAUGGGGAUGUAGUACAUUUAGGAGGAAUAUGGGGACGCAGAGAAAAGGUGUUUCUGUAUAAUCCAGAUGACAUGGCGGAUCUGUUCCGUAAUACCGGACCUUUUCCUUCCCGGCUUAUUUUUGACUACAUUUUCUACCAUCGAACGAAGCUUAGAAAAGACAUGUUUAAAGGAAACAUUGGACUGGCUUUGUCGCAAGGUGAAGAUUGGUAUAAGUUAAGAACUAUUGUUAAUCCAAUAUUAAUGCAGCCCAAUACAAUUCAGCAGUACACUACAAGAAUUGACAAAGUAGCUAAGGAUCUCAUAAAGCUUACCAAAUAUCGCAUGAAAAGUGCAGGGACCAAUCAAACGCCUGCUGAUUUCGAAAAAGAUUUGUUCAAAUGGGCAUUGGAUUCUGUGUCGGUUAUUACUUUAAACAGACAAGUAGGAGCCCUUGAAACGCAUGUAGAUAAAUCAUCGGAACUUUACCAAUUCGUCCUUUCAGUUUUGAAGAUAUUCGAGCAAAUUCACUAUUUAGAACUUAUGCCUCCAUAUUGGAAGUAUCUUCCAUCUAGAAGACUAAAGCAAUUUUAUGCAAAUUUUGAAUUUUCAACUAGUUUAAUCUCUAAAAUUAUCGAUGAAGCUAUAGCAGAAUUUAAAAAUGAAAACGUACCUGAUGAUGAACUUGGCGUACUCCAGCGUUUAGCAAAAGUGAAUAAAGAAACAGCCUAUCUUAUGACUAUUGACUUAAUAACAGCAGGAGUGGAUUCGACGGGAAAGACACUCGGAACAGCGCUGUACCUUCUAGCCAAGAAUCCUGAGAAACAAAGCAUACUCCGUGAGGAAGUGUUAAAAUACCUUCCAGAAAAAAACUCAACGUUAACGGCCGAAAAAUUAUCUGAAAUGCAAUAUUUGAAAGCUACUUUGAAGGAGAGCAAUAGGAUGGCUCCAGUUGCUAUUGGCGGUCUUAGAACUACUACAAAAAACAUGAUACUGGGGGGCUAUCAAGUUCCAAAAGGAACAGAUAUAAAUCCCAUGCAUUUUUAUGCGUCAGCAUUGAUAGACAAAAAUUUCAAAGAACCCUCUAGAUUCAUGCCGGAAAGAUGGCUACGAUCUGUCACUAGCGAGUACUCGGCGAAAAACGCUCAUCCGUUCGCCUACAUGCCGUUUGGAUAUGGUGCCCGUUCUUGCAUCGGAAGAAGAUUUGCUACUUUGGAAGUGGAAGUUGCGAUUGCAAAUAUGAUCCGAAAUUUUGAAUUAUCAUGGGACCAUUCAGAUAUGAAAUUUGAAGCCAGAUUUUUGUACGGUAUCGUGGAUCCCCUUACACUUACCCUUAAAGAAAUAAAGUGA